UUCAAAAGUUGUUGUUAAUCUAUUUAUAAUAAAAAGUUUCUUAACAUAAAAAACUUAAGUUAAGAAAUUAAACUAUUUAGCGAUGGAUGCUUCUUGCAAUAUUGAAUGUUCUCCUCAAUCUGAAUUACAGCUUGAAUUGAGUCAAGACAAAAAAAAAAACACGAAGAACCAGUCUAUUGUGGUUGAAUAUGAUGAUGAUCAUAUUGGUGGGUAUGACGAAAAGUUUGUAAAUUCUCUUCCUAGUGAUCUUAAAUGCCCAAUUUGUUUCUUGGCAUUACGUCAACCGAUUCAAAUUGGAGAGUGUGGUCAUCGUUUUUGUGAAUCGUGCUUCAAAAAUCUUAAAAGAAUAGAUGAACAAUUGUUAUGCCCUCUUGACAGACAAUUGAUUGACUUAGAAGUGGUGUUUCUAGAUAAAGCAGCAAAAAGAGCAAUAUUGUCAUUGCCUAUAUACUGUCGACAUUAUAAACGCAACUGUGAGUGGAUUGGUGAUAUAAGCUCAAUCAAUGACCAUCUUAAAGAAUGUGAUUUUGUAGAUGUUUCGUGUCCUAACAGACAAUGCCAGGAUUUAAUAACACGAAACAAUUUGUUGAAUCAUCUUGAUUUGUUUUGUGAGUUUCGCACUAUUGAUUGCCAAUAUUGUAUGGAAAAGUUCAUUUAUUGUGAUAUCUCGACCCAUUUAAACGAGUGUCCAAGACAGCCUUUAGAGUGCAUCAACAACUGUGGGCAGAAAAAUAUUUUGCGCAUGAUGAUGUCUGAACAUGUCGAAAACGAUUGCCCAGUAAGUGUUCAAUAUUGCGAAUAUGCUAAAAUCGGAUGUGUUUUUAAGGGAACCCAAGGUCAACGAGAUACUCACGUUGCUUUAUCAGCAAACCUUCAUCUUAUCUUGGCAAUUGAAAAAAUUAAAAAAGUUGAAAACAAAAUCAGUUACCAAGAAGAAUUAGUGACAAACUUGGCCAUGAAAUAUGAUGCAUUAAAAAAAAAAGACGAUUUUCUAGAGACUUCAUUUCAAUCAGUUGUAAAACAAAUUUGCAAUCUAGAAAACAAAAUGAUUAACAUUGAUAGCAAAUUUCGUUUAUUUGAAUCCCGUAUACCAAAAAACGAGUAUAUAUGGUGUUUGGACAACAUAGAUAGUAGGUUCAAUAAAGAGAAAAAGUCAAUGAAAGAUCUAAACACUUGUAGCACCCCGUUCUAUUCAGCUCCGUUUGGAUAUAAACUUUCAAUGCAAAUCUAUUUGAACGGAUUAGGUGAACACAGAGGGUCACAUAUUUCUUUGUUUCUUAAUAUUGUUAAAGGCGAGUACGACUGUUUAUUGGAUUGGCCAUUUACGAAAAAAAUCAAACUUUCUCUACUUGAUCAAAGCGGAAAAAGAGACCAUAAAGUAUUUGUAAUUGAUCCAAGAACAAAUAGCUUAGAAAACUAUAACAAACCUGAUUUGUACAAAAAGGUUUGUGUUACAAUACCACAUAUAGUGUUGGCUAAUCCUGGUUAUGUACUAGAGAACAAAAUAUUGAUUAAGUGCGAAGUAGAAUCAUAAAUCAAUACAAAGUUGAUAAACAGAGAUUUAAGUAGAAUAAUAAAUACAAAAUAAUCGCUAUCUUUGUGCACAGUAUAAAAAAGAAUGUAUAAAUAAAUGUAAUAUCGAUCUUAUGUAUAUACAAAUAUUUUUACAAAUCUAUACUGGAGCAACCGCUUUUGCCAUUUACUCUGGAACAACAUCUAUUGCCAUCCAUCCAUCUAUUGAAUCAUCAAUAUUUCGCAUUAGUUGGUCCAAAGGCAUUGGAAUUACAGUUUUACGCAAAGGCAGUUUGCAUUAACUGAGCUAAUAAAAGGAUAAAAUAAGUUUUGCAAUGACAUAUUAUAAGUGAACUGUAAAAUAAGUUUAUAAGUAUUCUUGUAACACUAUUUAAAAUAAAAGGCGUUUUAUGUUUUAUAUGUUAUGUUUUAUAUGUUAAAAUUAUAUCAACUGAAAUAUAAAUCCAAAAAUAA